CUGUGUGCAGGUUCAACGACUUCAUUUAUUUCUGUCUGACCGGCUUCUGCUCGAAUAAGGACCGGUUCUUUUGGACGGUUUUUUUUUUUUGUUCUUCUUUCUCUGAUCGAAGCGGCUCGGUUCCCGGUUAUCGUCGUGCGAAUCUUCUGUUCCCAAGGAAUGCCCAGAGAGCUGACGCAGAACAGAAUCCAAAAGAUCUGGGUUCCCACCAAAGAUGAUAAGCCGGCGCCCCGGAGAGCACGUAGUGGCGCCCCACACUUUGCCAACCCACCCACCGUCAUUGUGAUGGUCGGCCUGCCAGCUCGAGGCAAGACUUACAUGUCCAAAAAACUCACCCGCUACCUCAACUGGAUUGGCAUGCCCACCAAAGUCUUUAAUGUGGGAGAGUACCGCAGGGAGGCAGUGAACUACAGCUCUUACGACUUCUUCAAACCCGAUAACGAGUGUGCCCUGAAAAUCAGACAGCAGUGUGCCUUAGCAGCCUUGAGAGAUGUCAAGUGCUACCUGAAGGAUGAAGGAGGCCAAGUUGCGGUUUUUGAUGCCACAAACACGACAAGGGAAAGGCGCAAGAUGAUCCUCUCGUUUGGCCGAGAGAACAAUUUCAAGAUCUUUUUCAUCGAAUCUGUGUGUGACGAUCCGAGCGUGAUUGCCACAAACAUCAUGGAAGUGAAGGUGUCAUGUCCUGACUACCGGGACUGCAACAAGACUGAUGCCAUGUUGGACUUCCAGAGAAGAAUUGAAUGCUACAAAGCCAGUUACCAACCUCUGGAUCCUGAUCAACAUGACAGGAAUCUGUCUUUUAUAAAGGUCAUAGACGUGGGACGCAGGUUUCUGGUCAACCGGAUCCAGGAUCACAUCCAGAGUAAAAUCGUCUACUACCUGAUGAACAUCCACGUGCAGCCUAGAACCAUCUACCUGUGCCGACAUGGAGAGAGCACUGAUAACAUGGAGGGGCGGCUGGGCGGCGAUGCCGGCCUCUCUGCACGAGGCAGACAGUUUUCAGCUGCUCUGGCUCAGUUUGUGGAGGAGCAGAAGCUAAAAGAUCUUAAGGUUUGGACGAGCCAACUGUGCCGCAGCAUCCAGACCGCCGAGCACCUGAGAGUCCCGUAUGAACAGUGGAAGGUUCUCAACGAGAUAGAUGCAGGAAUAUGUGAGGAGAUGACCUACGAUGAGAUGAAGGAAAAGUUUCCAGAGGAGUUUGCUUUGAGAGAUGAAGAUAAAUAUUAUUAUCGCUACCCCGCCGGAGAGUCUUACCAGGACCUGGUCCAGCGGGUGGAGCCUGUCAUCAUGGAGCUGGAGCGGAUGGGGGACGUGCUGGUUAUCUGCCACCAGGCUGUGAUGCGCUGCCUAUUGGCCUAUUUCCUCGACAAGAGUGCAGAGGAGAUGCCCUAUCUGAAGUGUCCACUCCACACAGUUCUGAAGCUCACCCCAGUGGCCUAUGGGUGCAAAGUGGAGUCGAUCUUUCUAAUGGUGGACGCGGUGAACACCCAUCGAGACAGACCAGAGGAGGUGAAGAGAGGUCCUGGUACACUGAUCAGGAGGAACAGCAUAACUCCUCUUACCAGCCCCGAGUCAAAUAUCAAGAAACCGCGCAUUGAUGACCUAGACGAGGAUGCGAUCCCGGGGCUGCACCCUCCCGUUGCCUCACUCUGCAGCCCAACACACAUCCCACUGGCUCUGACUGGACAGAACUUAAAGGGAAAGUCAUCCGGUUGUCGUGAUGUGCUGCUGACCUGCCAAUGAAAUUUCACCGACCUGAGUGGACCACAAAGACCAGAGGACCUGUCUACAAAAACAAAAGGAUCUAUAACUUCAUCAGCCAGACUCUUCAUUAAGGAAGCACUGACUCCUUAAACCUCACUGUAAAUAUUUUCUGAAAUAUGACUGACCUCUUUGUACUGCUACUAUUUUGCACACCGCAUCAUUCCCACCACGGUGACUGAGGUCCCGCCCCACCAUAGAGUGCCUGUAGCACUUCUUUCAUAAACCUCAUGGUCUUGCUGUCUCAUUGGACUGAGAAACUCCACAUGCUGUGUAUAUUUUACAUAGCUUAUUUAUUUUUUUGUUCAAUGCCGCAUACAUCAGUUUUCUUAUAUUUAAAGGUUUUGUUUAAUUUUGUUAUAUGCUAACCAGAAACUUUUUUUUUUUUUACAAUGCGUCCUGUUAAUAAUAUAAAUGUUAGUGUACAUACAGUCAAUUUAACAAAAGUUUGAUUUUUCUUUCCUCUUUCUACUGUCUGGUUUGAAAGGAAGACACGAUUGGUGAAGGUUUUCCCCAAGAUACUUGAAACAUGUUUUUUUUGUAAGAACUGUUAUACUCUUAUUUAUUUAUAUGUAGUGUUUGGAGUGAGAGCACAUUCUUUUAUUCCAUGUUGUAUUGUUGAUUUUUACAUCUGUUGGACCAAUAAAAGUCACAUUUAGGAAGUAUAAGUGG